AUGCGUUUCGCCCUCCGUGCGCUCACCCGUCCCUCCGUCUCCAGGAUCGCCGUCUCCUCCCGAGCUUUGGCAUUUAAGAACAACAUGGCUACUGUCUCUUCCUCUUUCAUUCCCGCCGACGUUGUGCCUCUCACCGACGCACACAAGGCCGCCGUGGCGGCCACGGCCCCUGUGCUCGCCGAGUACGGUCUCCAGAUCACCUCGGAGAUGUACAAGACCAUGCUCGCCAACAACCCCCAGCUCAAGAACAUCUUCUCGCACACGGCCCAGACCAGUGGUGCCCAGCCCAAGGCUCUUGCCGGAUCGGUCUACGCCUACGCUGCCAACAUCAACGACCUGACCCCGCUUCUCCCUACGGUCAUUCGUAUUGCCGAGAAGCACGCCGUUUUGGGCGUCAAGGCAGAGCACUACGGUGUGGUUGCCGAGAACCUCAUGGCCGCCAUCACCACAGUCCUCGGUGACGCGUUCACGCCCGAGCUCCAGGAGGCUUGGUACCAUGCCUACUGGCAGCUCGCCAAGAUCUUCAUCGACGUCGAGGCCGAGAUGUACGCCAAGGGUGCCUGGGUUGGCUGGAAGGACUUUGAGGUGACCAAGCACGUCGACGAGUCUGGCACCAUUGCCUCGUUCAGCCUCAUUCCCAAGGACAAGUCGAUGCUCCCUCUCAAGCCCUACAAGCCCGGCCAGUUCGUCACUCUCCGCGUCUGGGUCGACGAGCUCGGCUGCUUCCAGAACCGUCACUACUCGCUCUCCGACUCGCCCAGCCCCGACCACUACCGCAUCACUGUCAAGCGCGAGGACGCUGCGGGUGUCAACCCCGAGGGUCUCCUUUCGACCCGCCUCCACGGCCUCCCUGUCGGCAGCACAGUGCAGGCCUCGUUCCCUACUGGCUCGUUCGUCCUCCCCGAGCCCGUCCCGGAGAACCUGGUUCUCCUCUCGGCUGGUGUCGGUAUCACGCCCAACCUCGCCAUCCUCAACACUGUCGCCGCCAAGGACCCCGCCACCGGCCCGAACGUUUCGUGGAUCCAGGGCACUCGCACCGCAGCAGAGCACGUUUUCAAGAACCACGUCGCCGACUUUGUCGCCCGCUCCAACGGCAAGAUCACCUCCAACACCUUCUACUCGCGCGAGACCCCCGCCGAGGGUGCCGAGGGCCUCCACGCCGGCCACAUCAAGGUUGCGGAGCUCGACCCCAGCCUCCUUGCCCUCCAGGACCCCAAGACCCACUACUACGUCUGCGGCCCUGACUCGUUCAUGAAGGACGUCAGGAAGGGUCUCGAGGACCUGGGUGUCGAUGACAAGCGCAUUGUCUUCGAGGCGUUCCACGCCGGCGAGGUGUAA